AUGUAUCCCACUCGCAUUCUGCGGAUGCAGGCCACCCGGCCUAUGUUCCAUCCCGCUCCUAAGGAGAACCAGAGCGCCCCGGAAACAGCCCACACCAUCUCGCAGCGUCUCCGCACGCUGAAGAGGAUCCCUCCGGAGUUGAUCCCUCUCGGUCUUGUCCUGGGUGUUGCCGUUGUGGCUGCCGUCUACUCCAGCGGCCACAAGCUGAUGACCGACAAGACCCUGCGUCUCUCGCGCAACAGCCCCGAAAGCCGUGAGCACUAA